AUGUCACGUUCUAAGAAGAUUAGUCUUUCCCUACUAAAUGGUCACCUAAUCUGCGGAUUGUGCGGUGGUUAUUUAAUCGAUGCAACGGUGCUCACGAACUGCAUCCACGCCUUCUGUCGCAGUUGCAUCCUCAAGUACAUAGCAGAGCUGAACAAUGUGUGUCCUCUUUGCCAAACGCUAAUACAAGAGGGACGUUCAUCCCCUAGCUGCGAUGCGCUGCGCCCUGAUGUUACAUUGCAGCGUGUGGUUUACAAGCUUGUUCCUGGUCUUCUCAAAGUUGAAAUCGAUCGAAUCGCCGAAUUUCGUAAGCGUUAUCUUAAGAACCCCGCCAAAGUCAUUCGCGAAGUGCGUCAUUCCUGCAGAGAAUCACAGAUGUUGGAGGACACGGGCUCAACUGAUAGUGCUGUCUCUGGUCUGUCUUCAACACCUACUCCUUUGGCCACCCGUUCUCUAUCUCGCGGCAUGAAUUGCCUAAAUGAGUUGUCGAAACGUCGUACGGUUAGGUCAUUUCCGCCUGCCACGUCUAUUUCCUGUCUCAUAGAUAUAACAGAAAGUGUCAGUCUCUCCUUAGAUCCCCUUUAUCACCCUCCCCUUCCUGAUUCCCAAUCUUCAACCGGCCAAAUCUUUUACGCCACUAUGUACCUUCUUUGUCCAGCUUCCUGUACUGUUGCUCAUUUGCAGCGUUUUCUAUUAGCCAAACACUACAACAUUUCGGCCCUGGGCUUCUGGACCGUGGAUAUCUUUCUCCACUGUGAAUACUUAGAGCCAGCUCAUAGUCUGCGGGAGCUUGCAUUUCUCUACGCUUGGCCAACCCAGCGUCGUGUCCUACCACUGCUUUAUCGCUUCUCCGACAGCCGCGCCGUUUGUUGGGGCUCGCCCUUGCCCCGUCUUGAUAACCCAUCGACGUCCGCCUCGCCACCGUCAAACAAAAAGCGAAGGCGGCUGGCGGCGUAUGUGGUGGUAUUUCCGCUCAUCCUUCUAUUUCCGGAGUAUUUGCGCAUAUACAUCUUACUUCAGGUGAUUGAGUCGACAGAAUUUCCUCUCACUUUGGAGGGAGCUUUGAAACCUUUGGAGCUCUGCCUUCUCUGUCGUCAUCGGCUUCUGCUUGGCGCCUCAUUCUAUGGUCGCGACCUUUCGGAAAACCUUCGGGAAGGCGCCACGCUAACGCGUGGUGAACUCACGAAGUGUACCCUUUGCUUUGGCCUCUGUGGUCUUUUCUUAUCAACUGAUGCUGGAGCCGAUGUCCCAUCUCAGAUAAUGUCGAAAGUUAGGCAGAGUGGGUUUGACUUCUCCACCUUUCAGCUUAAUGUUUCAGAACCCGUCAACCUUGCCCUACGAGACCACGCCUUUUGGGUCUAUGUUCGCGAGAAAUGCAAAACGAAUGAAUCUUCGCAACCAGUGGAGGUUUUGGAGGAAAAAUCAGUUUCAGCAAAAGUUGUAUUUCGUAACCUUAUAAACAACCGCUUGAAAAAGCUUUUUUGUGAGGAGCAGAUUUCUCUACCACCACUAUUCUCCAAUUUGAAAUCCCCUCCUACCUGGUUCGAUGCAGCCACCGAGCAGGUGGAUCUUCUUCUCACCUUUGAUCUGCCAGACGAUUAUAUGAUGGGCAACUCUGACAUAUCGCACCUCAUGACCGCCGUAAAGCAGCACUGCGAUCCACACGCCUGGAGCUUCUACUCGCCGGGCAGUAGUGGGACGUGCAGACGCUUUGGUAAGCAGCGUCGACGAGCUACUGAUGAUGAGACUACCGUUCCUACUACUCAAGUGUCUCGUACCUCCCUGAAGAAACUGCUCGACCUUCUUCCUGACAAAAUCUUUCUGGAAGAAGUGCUAAACUUGGAAACACAGAAAGUGGAAGGUAGCAGAUUCCCCCUGGUUCAACUGUCUUCCGUGACGAUGUACCGCCCAGCGCCGCUCGUAAUUGCAGGACGUUAUGUAAAGUUGAGCCGUAUCCUGCCUCAAACCCCAUGGUUCAUCGAUGGAGAACGUAAACUGGACUCCUCGGUGGAGGAACUGAUUGCUGCUCCGGUCGUUGACGCCUUUGGGCCUCGCACCACCUUCACUUUUGUCAGUUCUGGACGUGAGGAUAUUGACGUAAGGUGCUUAGGCCUCGGUCGACCAUUUGCGCUCGAAUUGAAUUCCUACAAUAAAACACUGGGUUCGAUGCUUAGGGCACAUUCAUCACUGCGUGGUAAACAGGAAAAUGACGCAAAGGCUGGGUACGACUGUGCCAAUGACCUUUCCUGGCUCGCCAGUACUAUCAACAAUUCUACUGGUGAUCGGGUCUUCGUUCGUGAUCUACAGGUUGUCAGCGUCGCAUCUGUGAAUGCCUCCUUGAAGGGCGGUAAGAUUGAAAAGCAGAAACGUUACCGCGCUCUCUGCUGGUGUCCUCAGGGUGGUCUCACAACUACGCGAGUUCGCCUGCUUGAUUCACGGCUGAGUGCGCUAUCACAUGGCACCGGUGUUGCAGCGUCACCGUCAGCGCUGCAGUGGCCGCCGACGGAAGCUACAUACCAGCCCGAUCUCGGUUGUGAUGUCGCCUACCUCUCCUUUGGUCGAUUCACUAUCAACCAGUUAACUCCAGUCCGAGUUCUCCAUCGACGUUCUCUGAUGUCCCGGACACGGGACAUCAUCUGGUUCCGUCUGGCCGACUUCGCUAGCAAUGUGCUUCGAGAAAAGGCACCUUUUUUGGCAAGUGGACGAGCUCUGAGUGAGUUCGCCGCCCAGGCAGAUGUACACCCAAAGGAGGAACUCUUCUUGUUGGAGCUUUGCUGUGAAGCUGGCACCUACGUGAAGGAGCUAGUGCACGGGGACUUAGGUCGAACGCGACCCAGUCUCUCCUCUCUCCUGAACUGUCCGGUGGACUUGCUCGCUCUUGAUGUGGUUGCCGUCGAACAUGACUGGCCUCCGAAAAUGGCAGUAAAAGACAAAGGCAAAGAGGACGGGGGCUAUAUCCCAUUACUGGUUAAUUUGCACACCGCAACACUUGCGCGUCAAACGGUUGGCAGUCGUAUGCUUGCGGAUUAUGGUACGUCGCUUUGUCGCUGGGCUGCUAGACGUCCUGUACUUGAUCGACAUCAAUUUGUUCUUAGAUAUGUAGCGACACGGAGGCCCAUUCACAUUCAAAGUGUUUCCCUGCGAUCACGUUAUUUCUCUACAGCAUCGGCGUUCCCCGGCUUAUCACAGCAUGAAGGAAAAGUAAAAAAGUUUCAAGCAGACACCAGCAAACUACUAGAUAUUGUCGCGAAAUCACUAUACUCAGAUAAAGAAAUCUUUGUGCGCGAGCUGAUAUCGAAUGCUAGUGACGCGGUGGAGCGACUACGCUUUUUGCAAACCUCGGGUAGUGUGAGAGGUCCCGAAGGCCCUCUGGAAAUCCACAUAACAACGGACGAGAAUAAGCGGACAUUCACGAUAUUUGAUAAUGGGGUCGGUAUGACUGCAGAUGAAAUGGAGAAAAAUCUGGGCACAAUCGCCAAAUCUGGAUCCAGAGAAUAUGUCGCUCAGCUGAAACAAAGUAAUGUGUCUGGUGAUGACUGGACCAACAUAAUUGGUCAGUUUGGUGUCGGCUUCUACGCCGCAUUUAUGGUGGCUGAUGAAGUUGAGGUCCAAUCCAUGAGUCAGGUCGAAGAAAAUGGCAGAAAGGGUCACAGAUGGAUUUCAAAUGGGACGGGAGGCAUCUACACAAUUUACGACUCUGAAGGAGUUACUCCGGGAACUAAAGUUAUCCUUCGGCUAAAGGAAGACUCUGCUGAGUUCGCAAGGGAAUCAACAAUCAAAUUUGUCAUCCAGAAGUAUAGUACCUUCAUUGGUGUACCUGUUUUCCUUAAUGGAAAGCAGAUUAACGUUGUUGAGCCGCUCUGGGCGAAGGAUCCUUCGAAGGUAUCCGAAGAGGAAUACACAUCGUUUUAUCAAUUUAUUACCAGUACUAGCUAUGAUUCGCCAAGGUAUCGAAUCACGUUCAAAGCCGAUUCGCCCAUUAAUUUGCGCGCACUUUUGUUUGUUCCAACUGUAAAACCGAGCAUCUUUGAAGCUGCCAAGGAAGGGGGUAGCUCACUGUCCCUCUACAGUCGGAAGAUUCUUAUUACAAACAAAACCGAGAGUUUACUACCCAGAUGGUUGCGUUUCGUCCGCGGUGUUGUCGACAGUGAAGACAUUCCUCUCAACCUAAGUCGUGAGUUGCUUCAGGAUCAUGGCCUUAUUCGCAAAGUUAAUCGCAUACUAACUUCCCGAGUUCUUCGUUUCCUUGAGAACGAGUCGAAACACGAUGCAAAGAAUUUCCUAGAUUUCCUCAACGAUUUUGGUCUCUACCUGAAAGAGGGAAUCGUUACUGAGCCUGAUCAGUACACCCGUGAGGAGAUUGCCAAACUCCUUCGCUUUGAAAGCUCUGCCUUGCCUGCGGGCCAGAGGACCAGCUUUGACGAAUACGGCUCUCGAAUGCGUGCUGGAGAGAGGAACAUUUACUUUCUCUCAGCCCCUAAUAGAGACCUAGCCGAAGCCUCUCCAUACUUUGAAGCCAUCAAAAAGAAAAAGGGUGAAAUUGAGGUGUUGUUUCUCUAUGAGCCCUACGACGAAUUAGUUCUGGUAAAUAUGGGGCAAUACGAUCGGAAGAAUUUGCGCUCAAUUGAGAAGGUUCUUGCUGAGGACGCCUCAGAUACUGAGGCUGUGGAGGAAAUUGAGGGCGACUGUCUCUCCCAGGAGGAGGUAAAUAUCCUCUCGAAAUGGGCCGAGGAAACGCUCGGAUCUAAGAUCAAGAAAGUCAAAGUGACGCGACGGCUCUCGCAGCAUCCCUGCUGUGUACAAAUCCGUGAGGCGGGUGCGAUGCGUCAUCUUCUGCGCACCGCGCUGGCGGGUCGACCAGCAUCAGAGAAGUUUCGGGUGAUGGAGCCGGUGCUGGAGCUGAAUCCACGCCACCCGCUGGUACGCUACCUCGCCCAUCUCGUGGUCUCCGCCCAGGAGCACGCAGAGGAUGGCAUCCUUGCCACCGCCCUCGUCGACUAUCUCCUCGACGCCGGCCUGGCCCACGCUGGCCUCCUUGAAGAAGCUCGCGAGAUGGCUGCCCGCAGCUCACAACUGCUCACUAUCCUUUCUGAGAGGGCUGUCAAGAAGCAGAAGAAAAAUCACCCCAAAUCCACUCAUUUUUAUGCGGAACUUCAUGUUAUCAGCGAGACGACUAGCAGACCAGGUUCCACAGCGGAUAAAACACUGAUAGAAACGCCACCUUUGACUUCCAUCGUUGAGGGGGCCGUUCGUAUUAUCUUUGAAACCUUCAUUAAUUCAGGUCUUCCGGGCAUUAAACCUAUGCUUGCUUGGUACAAUGGCGUCCAUAACGUGGGAACUACCACAUUGGACCAUCUCACCAUGAUCAUUGCACCAUAA